CUUUAAAUGUCUUGUGUUGUCAGUCCAAAACACAAAGAUAUGCUGUUUAAUAUGAUGUAUGCCUUAAACAGAGAAAAGGAGGACAUCUCUAAAUUUGAAAUGCUGAGUGGUUGGUGAUUCUUUUUUUGUUGCUCGACUAACGGAUUAGUCUACUAAUCGUUGCACUCCGGAUCUUGAUUAUGUUAUUUCAUUGUGAAUGUUCUAAUGAAGUUGGGAGAUCAUCUUAAUAAUGGCACUUCCCCAGAGAUGUAUGUAUGAUAUUGAUGCUUCAGUAUGAAAAGAGCACUGGCAUUCACAUCUCCCCUGCACCCACCCAUGCAUACUCUUAGAAGCUGAAGUCUGAAAAGUGUCUUAUUAGACUUCUCAAGGUGUAUUCCUAACAUGUAUGUUUUUUAUGUGUUGAAGAUCAUUAUUUUCAUAGUUAUCUCAUUAGAUUUAUGUAGGGACUGCUUGGAAAUGUAUUUAUAUAUGCUUGUAUGCCUACAUGUGUCCCGUCAGGUGUGUUUCUUCUCCAUACAGUAAUACAGUUUCUAUCAUGGAGCCACCUCUGUUUCCCCGUGAGUCUGGGCAGUUCAUAGCAGAGCGGAGUCGGGAUGUGUUUGUGGAGCAGGACGGAGUGCAGAAGGUGGCAGAGUUGCUCUACAACCUUCGACACAGUGACGAUCUGACCGCCAGUGGCUGGAAGACGGCAAAUCCAUUGGCUCCAGCACCCACCUCUGACCAGGCCUUGAACUGGGUGUUUGUGGUAGACACCAUGAACUUCUCCUUUUGGCCAGAGGAAGAAACUCAACAGUGUGAGGUGACCUAUAAAGGGAUCACGUACACGGGCUACAUGACCCUUUGUGCUGCCAUCACCAGGGCCAUGGAGGAAGGUAUACCCAUCACGGAUCCGACGUACUUCUCUCAGAUGAGCGUGGAGGAGUUGGGACAUGUCCUUCGAUCAGACAAUGAAACACCCAUGCCCAUGCUUCAGGAGCGUCACCAGGUGCUCACUGAAGGCGGCCGCGUGCUGCAGGAACACGGCGGAAGCUUCCGGAGUUUUAUCAGCCGAGCCGGGAACGACGCCCGGAAGAUGGUGGAACUCAUCGUGGAGAAGAUCCCUUCCUACAGGGACGAAGCUACAUAUCAGGGAAAGAAAAUCUCGUUCUACAAGCGAGCCCAGAUCCUGGUGGCAGAUUUCUGGGGCGUCAUGGAGGCCAGAGGAGAGGGUGACAUCAUUGACAUGGACUGGCUCACCAUGUUUGCAGACUACAGGGUCCCUCAGGCUCUCGUCUACCUCAAAGCACUUCGAUACUCUGACGCACUGAUGCAGUCGCUAAACAACGGCGAGCUGCUGAGUUCAGGCGACAGGAGAGAAGUGGAGAUCCGAGGUUGUUCGAUUUGGUCUGUGGAGCUGAUCAAAGACCGUCUCUGCGAGCUGGUGCAGGAGCGAGACGGACAGACCUGCACCAUCAACUCCGCAGUCAUCGACUUCUACCUGUGGCCUUAUGCCAAGAAGCUCCACAAAGAGAUGGCCCACAUUCCCAUACACCACACGCGCUGUAUUUACUACUGACGAGCUGGCUGGCAGCAUUACAUAGAGUAGAUGGCACUUCUCACUGUGUAGCCUUGGCAUCGGUGCCUUUUUCUCUGGGAUAAAGCCAAUCAUGUCACUGUGCCAGAUAUAUGUACAAAUGGGCUUCUCUCCAGCUGUAAUGGAAAGAGGUGUCAAGCUUUAAUGAAGCUUGUUGGUGUCUGUGGGACGUAGAACUGUUGUUCAUUCGCAGUCAAUUAAAAUGUUUAUGGUUGUUGAUGGGGAACGUUUUCUAACAAACUACUCACUGUAAUGUAGAGCAUGUGAUCAUAUACUGUACAUACAAUGAUGGACACAUUGGCGUAUAUGCAGCAGGUUGAACUUGUGAACUGACACGCCAACCAUUGAAAAUAAAAUGUUUUGAUUCGA